AUGUCGACCGCCCAGGAACUCCUCCACACCCACGGCCUAAAUAUCUUCAAGGGCCUCGCCGUCGCCGGCGCAGGGGGCGCGCUCCUCUCGAGACUCCUGGUAGGCUCAGCAGACGCAGAGGCGCCGCCGGGUGGUGCUGCCUCCAAAAAGGUGUUUGGGCGCGCUGGGCCAGCGUUUGUGAGCCUGGCGUUGCAGGAGAGCGAGGAUGUGAACCACAAUACGAAGAGGUUGCGGUUUGGGUUGCCUGGGGAGGGGGACGUGAGUGGGCUGCCGUUGACUUCCGCGCUGCUUACAGUGGCAGUGCCCAAGGGCCACUAUCUGCCCGUACUAAGACCCUACACGCCCAUCUCGCCCAGCGAUCAAGCUGGCGUGGUAGAGUUCAUGGUGAAGCGCUAUCCAAACGGCAAGCAGUCGACACACCUACACUCGCUGUCCCCAGGCGACAAGGUCCUGUUCGCAGUCGUGAUCCCAGGGUACAAGUGGACGCCGAACAAGCACGACUCCAUCACGCUGAUUGCGGGCGGGGCUGGGAUCACGCCGUGCUACCAGCUCAUCCAGGGGAUCCUGCAGGACCCGGCGGACAAGACCAAGAUUCGACUUGUGUUUGGCGUGAAUGCCGAGGAGGAUGUUCUGCUGAGGAGAGAGUUUGAAGACCUCGAGAGCAGGUUUGGGAAGGACAGGUUUAGGGCUGUGUAUGCGGUUUCGAGGGGAGGUGAGAAGCUGGCUGGCGGUGAUGAACGGUUCAGAAAGGGAUAUGUCACCGAGGCGCUGCUGAGGGAGGUUGCUGUGCCAGCGUCGGAGGAGAAUACGAAGGUGAUGGUGUGCGGGCCGCCGGGAAUGGAAGAGGCGUUGCUUGGGAAGAAAGGCUGGGGAGGGCGGCAGGAGGGGAUCUUGGCCAAGUUGGGCUAUCGGAAAGACCAGAUCCAUCAGUUCUAG